CGCCAUUUUGGGGGGAGGAGAAACACUCGUAGGGGCGGCUGCGGCUCAAUGGGAUGUUGACUGGCUUCUCCUUCUCUUGCCAGCGCUGUGGAGCCGGGUCAGAAGCCUCCACCGGGGCCGCUCCUCCGGCUGCCUCUCCGGAAUGAGGCCUCAGUUCCCGCGCAGGACGGCUCCCUUUUCCUUCCGAGAGAGCCCAAGGAGAGGCCGAAGCCGAGACGAUGCCUGGGAAGCUGAAGGUGAAAAUCGUGGCCGGGCGCCAUUUGCCGGUGAUGGACCGAGCUAGUGACCUGACUGAUGCCUUCGUGGAGGUAAAAUUUGGUAAUACCACCUUUAAAACAGAUGUGUAUCUCAAGUCCCUCAACCCUCAGUGGAACUCAGAAUGGUUUAAAUUUGAGGUGGAUGAUGAAGAUUUACAAGAUGAACCUCUCCAGAUCACAGUUCUUGACCAUGAUACAUAUAGUGCAAAUGAUGCCAUUGGUAAAGUGUACAUUGACAUUGAUCCUUUACUCUACAGUGAGGCUGCAACGGUCAUCUCAGGAUGGUUUCCAAUUUAUGAUACCAUUCAUGGUAUCCGUGGGGAAAUCAAUGUAGUUGUCAAAGUAGACCUCUUCAAUGAUUUAAAUCGAUUUAGGCAGUCGUCAUGUGGAGUCAAAUUCUUUUGCACGACAUCUAUUCCAAAGUGCUAUAGAGCUGUAAUAAUUCACGGAUUUGUAGAAGAACUUGUGGUCAACGAAGACCCAGAAUAUCAAUGGAUUGAUCGAAUUCGCACACCAAGGGCAUCAAAUGAGGCCAGACAGAGACUCAUUUCUUUAAUGUCAGGUGAACUGCAGAGGAAGAUUGGCUUGAAAGUACUUGAAAUGAGAGGAAAUGCAGUUGUUGGGUACUUACAGUGUUUUGAUCUGGAAGGCGAAUCUGGGUUAGUGGUACGAGCCAUAGGAACAGCGUGUACACUGGAUAAAUUAAGUAGCCCAGCAGCAUUCCUUCCUGCAUGUAAUUCCCCGUCCAAAGAAAUGAAGGAGAUUCCCUUCAAUGAAGAUCCCAAUCCCAACACUCACUCAUCAGGACCCUCAACCCCUCUGAAAAACCAAACUUAUUCCUUUUCACCUUCCAAGUCCUACAGUCGACAGUCCUCUUCUUCUGACACAGAUUUGAGUUUGACACCCAAAACUGGAAUGGGAAGUGGUAGUGCUGGAAAAGAAGGGGGGCCCUUUAAAGCUCUUUUAAGACAACAGACUCAGUCAGCUUUGGAACAGAGGGGAGGAUCACCUCAUAAGUUCUGUAGAAGGCGGGAAUUUCCAUUUUUUACCUUGACGGCGUUUCCUCCUGGAUUCCUCGUGCAUGUCGGGGGAGUUGUUAGUGCACGCUCUGUGAAGCUUUUGGAUCGUAUCCACAAUCCUGCCUUUGUCGGAAUUAUGGGUAACACAAGAUCUUACAAACUGCUAGACUGGAAUAGUUUCAAUUCAGAUGAACCAGAAACUCGAGAUGCGUGGUGGGCAGAAAUCAGACAAGAAAUAAAAUCACAUGCCAAAGCAUUAGGCUGUCAUGCUGUAGUGGGCUACAGUGAAUCAACUAGCAUUUGUGAAGAGGUCUGUAUUUUGUCUGCAUCCGGCACAGCAGCUGUACUGAACCCUAGAUUUCUGCAGGAUGGCACCGUGGAGGGCUGUUUGGAACAGAGGCUAGAAGAAAAUUUGCCUGCAGGCUGUGGAUUUUGCCAUAUACCAUAUGAUGAACUGAAUAUGCCAUUUCCAGCUCAUCUCACAUAUUGCUAUAACUGCAGGAAACAAAAAGUUCCCGAUGUUCUCUUUACAACUAUAGACCUCCCAAUGGAUGCAGCAGUUAUUGGAAAAGGUUGUCUCAUUCAAGCAAGGUUGUGUCGCUUAAAAAAGAAGGCACAAGCAGAAGCAAAUGCCACAGCUAUCAGUAAUCUGUUGCCAUUUAUGGAAUAUGAAGUGCAUACUCAGCUAAUGAAUAAACUAAAACUCAAAGGAAUGAACGCUUUAUUUGGACUGAGAAUUCAGAUCUCAGUGGGUGAAAAUAUGUUGAUGGGCUUAGCGUCAGCCACAGGUGUGUAUUUAGCAGCUUUACCAACGCCUGGUGGUAUUCAGAUUGCUGGGAAGACUCCUAAUGAUGGCUCGUACGAGCAGCAUAUAUCUCAUAUGCAGAAGAAGAUAAAUGACACGAUUGCUAAGAAUAAAGAAUUAUAUGAAAUCAAUCCUCCGGAGAUAUCUGAAGAGAUUAUAGGAUCACCCAUUCCAGAACCUAGACAACGCUCAAGACUUUUGAGAUCUCAAUCAGAAAGCUCUGAUGAAGUUACAGAAUUGGACCUUUCACAUGGGAAAAAAGAUGCAUUUGUUUUGGAGAUCGAUGACACAGAUGCUAUGGAAGACGUACAUUCUCUACUCACUGAUGUUCCGCCUCCUUCAGGCUUUUAUAGUUGUAAUACAGAAAUUAUGCCUGGUAUAAAUAAUUGGACAUCUGAAAUACAGAUGUUCACAUCAGUAAGAGUAAUCCGAUUAAGCAGCCUUAAUCUAACUAAUCAAGCCCUCAAUAAGAAUUUUAAUGAUCUCUGUGAAAACUUGCUCAAGAGCCUGUAUUUUAAACUACGGUCUAUGAUCCCCUGCUGCCUUUGCCAUGUAAAUUUUACAGUAUCUCUCCCUGAAGAUGAAUUAAUUCAGGUUACAGUCACAGCAGUUGCAAUAACUUUUGACAAAAAUCAGGCUUUACAGACCACAAAAACACAUGCUGAGAAGUCAUUGCAAAGAGCCUCUACAGAUAAUGAAGAACUUCUGCAGUUUCCCCUCGAACUCUGUUCAGAUUCACUUCCUUCUCAUCCUUUUCCACCGGCUAAAGAACACCUGGAGAGUGCAAGUUCUAACUCAGGUAUACCAGCUGCACAGAGAGCAACGUCAGUUGAUUACAGUUCCUUUGCAGACAGAUGCAGCAGCUGGAUAGAGCUCAUUAAACUGAAAGCUCAGACCAUAAGGCGUGGAUCAAUUAAGACAACUGUGACAGUCGAAAAAGCAAGUCCAGUGGGUGAAGGAAAUUUCCGGAAUCGCUCUUCUCCACCUUGUGCAAAUUCUACAGUUGGGGUGGUUAAGAUGACACCUCUUUCCUUCAUUCCUGGAGCAAAAAUAACGAAAUAUCUUGGGAUAAUUAACAUGUUUUUUAUUCGGGAAACCACUUCUCUUCGUGAGGAAGGAGGUGUCAGUGGUUUUCUCCAUGCUUUUAUUGCUGAAGUGUUUGCGAUGGUGAGAGCUCACGUGGCUGCACUGGGAGGGAAUGCUGUUGUCUCCUACAUAAUGAAGCAGUGUGUCUUCAUGGAGAAUCCAAAUAAGAACCAGGCACAGUGUCUUAUAAACGUAAGUGGUGAUGCAGUGGUUUUUGUUCGUGAAUCUGAAUUAGAAGUGGUGUCAACUCAGCAACCUGCUGCCAACUGCCAGCCCUCAUGUACUGGAGGAGAAGUUACAACCUGAAGUCAGUUAGAAAGAAUGAGCUCCACUAAAUGACAUUCAUGGGUCUCCUUUGUUUUGUCAUUCGUUUAUCUUACUAGACAUAAAAAAUGAACUUGAGAGAAUUGAGGAACAAUUGAUACAUUCUGAGUAUAUUUGAUUCGUCUGGGAUCACUUGGAGGCCUGAGAAUUUUCAAAUCUUGACAUUUUAUUUCAGCCAGCCUAGACAGACAGGCCCCGAGGAGCUUUGACCCCACCUCCCCACCCAGGAAGUUCAGAUAAAUUUCUCUGAGAACUGUAGUAAAGAUGGAAGCUAUGUAUAAUUUAUGUUGAUUUUAAUAAAAUCAUAAUUUAGAAAAUGAAAUGGUAAGAUUAUCAGGAAAUUAGGAUAGCUAUCCUAGUGUAAUUUAGAAAAACUAAGCAAGAAAUGAACAAAUUGUUAAUGAGUAAGUAAUCUGAUUCGAGGAAUGUAUGGGGAAAAUGGAGAAGAGUUUUCAGAAAGCUGUGCGGGUUUCUGAAUAUGUUAUUUUGAUGAGGAAUUUGGUAACAACUGAAAGGGAAAAUUGCUUCAGCCAUCUUUGAAAAAGAAGUUAAAAUUCUGCAACUUGUAUCCAUAAUAUGUCCUAACUACUGGAAAAGAAAAGUAAUUUAUCAGAGCCAGUGUCCUUCCAUUGGAAGUUUAAAUAAGGAAGGAGGAAAAAAACUACUAUAUAACUCUGUUUCUAGCCAAGUUUCAAUUUGUGUUUAAUUUGUCUGGAAGAGGCUUGGCUUCAGCUGGGAAGAAAAGGCCAGUGAAUUUUGUUGAAGUAGUUAAAAUAUAGUUGAUCUAGAAGGAACAAAAUUAUUUUCUAAUAAAGUCAUACUGUACUCCCACCAAAUAAACAGAAUUUUAGUAAUAUCUUAGGGAUUUUUGAUGGUGAGUUAGACUGUAUUUGGCAUAGAGUUUGGAAAUGUAACUUGAAUGUAAAUAUGCUGCAGAAUGUUGAAUAUAUAGAUAGAAAUACUUUUCUUGUCAAUGCCAAAUACCUAUUACAAAUGAACCUUUAAAAGUACAUUCCUCCUUUGCACAACAAAAUUUCUUUAUAAAACUCAUGAUUUUGCUCUUCCAGGAUAACAACUGCCCUAAAGAUUAGGAGUCAUUUCCUUGUUAUCACAGGUGUCAAUAUUUUUCUGUACUUCGUUUAUAAUUUUAUUUUUUAAAUAAAAAGUUUAUAAACUGGAA